ACCACUGUCGCUGGCAGACGUGUUCGGCUGUGUUGAACAUGAUGAUGAUGCGGAGGCCCGCCCAGUUCCAGGCAUCGGAGGGUUCUGCGGUGGGAGUGUGCAUGGCACUGGCAUUGCAAGUCACGCGUUGAACUACCUCCGAGUGCGAGCACUUCCCCGCCACUCAAGCCCGUACCCGUCUCCUCCACUGCCUCCCAGCUGGCGGUAGACCAUGCUGUCGUCUUCGUCCUCCAGCAAGCCUCUCUCUGGUCCUCGUUUGCUCGAGCCUGCCCCACAUGACCUCCGAAUGCUCGUUCUUGACUACCUGAGCCACAAUACGUACUCAAGCACAGCCAGGAUCUUCAUGAGAGACAGCGCGGCCCGAAAUCUUGAUACAGAUGGUGACGAGACAAUGUCGUCCGACCAAGAUACAGAUGCACUCGAGGAGAGGCUUGCGGGGGCGCUGCCUCGCAAAGAGAUACGAACUCGCAUUCUCUCCGGCCAGGUUGAUGCGGCAACGGAGCUUCUCAACAAGUACUUCCCCUCUGUCCUUGCAGAGAGCACAGAGAAUGGUUCCACACGCGAUUGCCCAGACAGGCUAGAAUACGUACCCCCUGCGUCCGUGAAACCCUCCCAUCUUUCUCUCAACCUCCGCAUCCUCGCCUUCAUCGAAGCCGCCCGCACGAUCCCCCUUCCAUAUUAUCCACCGAAUACCGAGUCGCCGCCCGCCUCCGAGACACCGGACGAAGAUGUGGACAUGUCGCGAGAGGACUCAGAACAAGCCAAUGUGGAGCUGCUCCACCGUGCACAGAGCCUUUACUCGGAGGCGAACCGUCUGCCCGUUGCCGAAGACCGCGAGCGGUACCGAGACGAGCUGCUCAAGGUGGGCGGGCUACUCGCGUACGCUGUUCCUGAACGCAGUCCUAUGCGCGCGUACAUGACGCAGGCGGGGAGGGAGGCGGUUGCAGACCAGAUUGAUGGCGCCAUCCUUUAUCGCACGGGCCAGCCAGUCGUAUCGAGAUUGGAGCUGGCUGCACGACAGAUGUCCGUCGUCUGGCCAAUGAUGCAUGAACUCGGCGUGGAGCUACCGCCCGUCUCAACCUGGCCUGCUGCCGUUGUGCUGCCUGGCGUCCCGAAGGCCUCCUCUGCGGCUGGCAAGAGUAGCAGCGUGGCUGCCCCCCAGGCAGCCAUCAAGAAAGCUGCUGCAGAACCCGGCACUGCGGAGGUAUGUCACCUUGCCCGUUUUCGAAUGUGCUGA